AUGGGUGUGCUGAUUUGCAGUAGCAAUGUUAACAUAAUAAAGCCUCGAUUUCUCUCUUCGCCUCACCACCGCAAACAGCGUCUUCUAAUCCAUACCAAUAGGAACCUCGUGCGCUUGGACACCGAUACCAAAUUUCAAUUUCUUCUUCAGAAUGUUAAUAAUAGUAGUAAUAGACUAGCUCCUCCAAAAUCUUCUUCUUCAGUAAAUGGCUAUGGCGGUAACGUAGAACAGCGCUAUGUAAAUGGCAGUGAGCAGCAGGGAGAGAGAGAGGAAGGUGUUGAGUUACACGAGAAGAUUCGGAGAUUUAUCGAGUUUCUUCCUUCAAUUUUGCCUGGUGGAAGCUGGUGGAGCUUCUCUGAUGAGGUGGAGAUUAAAAUUUUGGCCAACUCGGUCACCAUGAGGCGUGCCCUUACUCGCAUGUGGCACCUUGUGGCUCAGGAUCGUUGGGUCAUUUUUGCCGCUUUUACUGCCCUCAUUUUUGCAGCGCUUUCGGAAAUCUCAAUACCACAUUACUUGACGGCAUCCAUCUUUUCGGCCCAGAGUGCUAGCGUUGCAGUAUUCCAUCGAAAUGUGCGUCUCUUGGUUGCCCUCUCUGUUUUAGCUGGAAUUUGCAGCGGAAUACGGGGUUGUUGUUUUGGCAUUGCAAAUAUGAUCCUGGUGAAGCGAAUGAGGGAAACAUUAUAUUCUGCUCUUCUCCUUCAGGAUAUAUCAUUUUUUGACAAUGAAACAGUUGGUGAUUUGACAAGUAGGCUUGGGUCAGACUGUCAGCAAGUGUCUCGUGUUAUUGGCUAUGAUCUUAAUUUGAUCUUACGCAAUGUCCUACAGGGUACAGGUGCCUUGAUCUACUUGAUAAUUUUGUCCUGGCAACUUGGUUUAUUCACUUUGUUGAUAUGCGCAACUUUAGCAGCAGUGAUGCUGAUCUAUGGCCAGUACCAGAAGAAGGCAGCAAAGUUGACCCAAGAGUUCACUGCUUCUGCUAACGAUGUGGCACAAGAGACAUUCUCUUCAAUGAGGACAGUUCGUAUUUAUGGAACAGAAAAAGUUGAACUUAGAAGAAAGACGUUUUAUAUCUAUGGUCCUAGGUACAAGCUUUGGCUGGAGAAAUUGGCUGAUAUAAGCUUACGACAAAGUGCUGCAUAUGGAUUUUGGAUUUUGAAUUUCAACACACUUCAUCACUCAACUCAGGUUGUCGCGGUGAUAGUAGGAGGAAUGUCUAUUCUGGCUGGUCAUAUUACAGCGGAGCAACUUACAAAGUUUAUAUUAUACAGCGAAUGGCUGCUAUAUUCUACAUGGUGGGUAGGGGAUAAUUUAUCAUCUCUGAUGCAAUCCAUUGGGGCAAGCGAAAAGGUCUUCCAAUUGAUGGAUCUCUUGCCAAGUGACCAAUUUUUAUCAAAAGGCAAGCGGAUUAAAGUUGCAAAGGCUGAUGGGACGUAUAGAGUUCGUAAAUGUGUCUUUCUAUUAUCCUUCAAGAGAGUUGGUAUGUUUCUUACCUUCAGCAUCAAUUAUGCUUCUGCCUCCUCAUUCCAGACCCAUUUUUCCCUUAAGAUAUACCCUUUCCUGCUUCACUCCUCAAUGACUGUAAAUGGUGCUAAAACUGUUGGUCUUAGUGGCAGUGGGAAAAGCACACUAGUGAAUCUGCUGCUUCGUCUUUAUGAGCCAGCAAAUGGUCAGAUUUUAGUUGAUGGCUUUUCUCUAAGAGAGUUGGACAUCAAGUGGUUAAGGGAACAAAUUGGAUAUGUUGGGCAGGAACCAAAGCUAUUCCGCAUGGAUAUCAGUUCAAACAUUAGAUAUGGAUGUACACGAGAUAUAAUGCAGGAAGAUGUUGAGUGGGCUGCCAAGCAAGCAUACGCUCAUGAGUUUAUUUCAUCUCUUCCCAAUGGUUACAAAACACUUGUUGAUGAUGAUUUGCUAAGUGGGGGUCAGAAGCAGCGAAUUGCCAUUGCUCGUGCUAUUCUUCGGGACCCUGCCAUUUUGAUUCUUGAUGAAGCCACUAGUCAAUUGGAUGCAGAGAGCGAGCACAAUGUUAAGGGUGUACUUCGUGCUGUUAGAAGUGAAAUAACAGCGAAGAGAACUGUAAUUGUAAUUGCUCACAGGCUCUCCACCAUUCAAGCUGCUGACCGGAUAGUGGUAAUGGACGGUGGUCAAGUUGUUGAGAUGGGCAGUCACUCGGAACUUCUCCAUCAAGAUGGCUUGUAUGCACGAUUGACUAGACGACAGGCUGAUGCUGUGGCAUGA